AUUAAUUACGCUAAAGAGAGUUGGUGGGAAUGAGCAGUUUAGGCGCCUACUGGUUUGCCCUAUACAACAUAAUCUCCUCGCCCUUUCGGCGCCGCUGAAAAGCUGUCCGACCAAAUCCUCUUUUGUGCGCUUACGAUCGCCGGCUCCGGCGAUAAUGGAAGGCGUCUCGUAUCAGCGAUUCCCUAAGGUCAAAAUACGUGAGAUGAAGGACGACUACAUGAAGUUUGAACUCCAGGAAACUGAUGCAAGCAUGGCGAACGCCCUCCGGCGCGUAAUGAUAGCCGAAGUACCGACGAUUGCGAUUGAUUUGGUAGAGAUCGAGGCCAACUCAUCUGUCCUGAACGAUGAGUUCAUUGCCCACCGCCUCGGGCUCAUUCCCCUCGUGAGUGAUGACGCCAUGGGAAUGCGCUUCUCUCGAGAUUGCGAUGCGUGUGAUGGCGAUGGCCAAUGCGAGUAUUGCUCUGUUGAGUUCCAUCUUAACGUCCGCUGCGACUCCGACCAGACCCUCGAUGUAACGAGCAACGACCUUCGCAGCACGGAGCCCAGGGUCGUUCCAGUCGACGUUGCCGCCCGCACCCUCGCCUCUGAAACUGGCGACUUUGAUUCUCAAGACCAGAGGGGCAUAAUCAUUGUAAAGUUGCGACGUGGACAAGAACUGAGAUUAAGGGCAAUUGCAAGAAAGGGAAUUGGUAAGGAUCAUGCAAAAUGGUCACCUGCUGCCACUGUAACAUUUAUGUAUGAACCAGAGAUUCAUAUUAAUGAAGAACUGAUGGAAACCCUAACGCUCGAUGAGAAAAGAAGUUGGAUUGAAAGCAGCCCCACCAAAGUUUUUGACAUUGAUCCUAAUACAUAUCAGGUAAGGGUGCUUGAUCCUGAAGCAUACACUUACGAUGAAGAAGUGAUAAAAAAGGCAGAGGCAAUGGGAAAGCCAGGACUGAUUGAAAUCUCUGCCAAAGAAGACAGCUUCAUCUUCACAGUUGAGUCUACCGGUGCUAUCAAAUCUUAUCAGAUGGUGGCCAAUGCUAUCGAAAUUCUGAAGCAAAAACUUGAUGCGGUUCGCUUGCAAGAUUCCGAGGAGGCUGAUAUUGGAGAGCUGGCUCAACAUCUUGGACGUGGAGGGCUGUGAUCUUUUUGUUGGAGCGUCGAUUUGGUUUCUUCGGCCAAUGACUGGCUAUAUUUAUGUAUCCAUGUCUGCACAUCCUGUUAGGUUUAUGAAUGUUUUUGGUGACACCAGUUUAGUUAGCCUGCAUGUUGUAGAUUUUAGUGCGGGGAUAUUGUUAAGACUGGUCUCUAAACUUUAUCAACGUUUUGAUUUUCUU